AUGGACAUCGACAGAGAAAUCACGACUUCUUCUGACAGCGGCGACUCAGGGUCCUCGGAGGAUCAGCACCCACCGUCCACAGCCUCACGACUCACAUUCUACGACGCCUUCACAUUACUUGUGAGCAUCCAGGUUGGAUCUGGCGUGUUCUCCUCUCCAUCACAGGUCAACAAUCACUCUCCUUCGCCGGGCGCAUCGCUUAUCAUCUGGGCAAUAUGCGGCGCAGUUGCGUGGGCUGGAGCAGCGUCCUUUGCUGAAUUAGGUGCGGCCAUGCCUGUGAAUGGCGGCCUACAGGAGUACCUCCACGAGAUGUACGGCUCUUACAUGGCAUUUCUUGCAUCUUGGAUAUGGAUCUUUGCCAUCAGGCCGUCCUCCAUGGCCAUCUUGAGCAUCAUAUGCGCGAAGUACUGGACCGAGGUUUUUCUGCCAGCCAACGACGAAGAGCCAUUCUGGCUAAACAAAAUCAUAGCCACAUCGGCUCUGGCAAUGAUGAUAUUCGUUAAUUCAAUCAGUACCAGAGCAACUUCUCGUCUUGCGAACGUCUUCCUCAUCAUCAAGUUGCUCACAGUGGCGUUACUAUUGGUGUGCUGUCUUGUGUUCAUCGUGUUUGGGUUUCACGUAGGGACAGAUACGCCCAACCGCGACUGGAUCACGAAGAAUUGGUUUCAAUAUCGCAAUGAAGGAGAGGACUUUUCGUUCAUCGACUGGAACAGUGCUUCUCAAUGGAGCAAGAUUGGAGAAAUCACAAUGGCGAUCUACGCCGGACUCUGGGCAUACGCCGGAUGGGACAAUGUGAGAGUUAUGAAAGGCUUUCAAAUCGCGCGCACUGACGAAUACUUGUAG